GACCCGUCCUUAGGCCUCGGGAAGGCACCGAAGCUGCCAACCUGGGUGGGUCGAUUCUUGAGGUGCGAAAAUGCUGACACGGCUCUCCCAGAGGAAGAGCAAGACAGCCGCGCAAGCCAUUCGAAUUUCCAUCUCUCCUCCACGCAGUGUUCGAUGCUCGGUGUUCAAUAUAUGCGUCGGUGACCUGGAGCAGGCAAAUGAAGACGGUAUCGAUCUGUUCGCACUACCAGCUUCGAAGGCGUUACUGGGAGGAAAAGAGAUCGCGAGCAGAAGGGAUGGGGUUAACAACAAGAAACAAAAGAGGGAGAAGGGUGCAACACGAGGACUUCCCAAGAGGUCACCCAUCCUAUGGACAUGCGGAAAGUGUCGAUAUGUGUCGGCGGUGGCGACUCGGCGUCCGGAGCAGGCAAACGAAAACGGUACCGGUCCUUUUUGCACUUCCCACAACUGCAAGGAAAGGAAAUCACAAGUAGAGUGGAUGGGAGAAGGAAGAAGAGAUGAAAGGGGAGGGGUGCAACACAAGGACUUCCCGAGCGGUCACCCAUCUUGGUAUUGCUCCCCUCCAAGCCCGCUUAACCGCGGGGUUCCGACGGGAUCCGGCACGUGCCUUGGGAAGGCGCCUAAGCCGCCAGCGAGGGUGGGUGGAUUCUUGAGGCGCGAAAAUGCCGACGUGGCUCUCCUAGAGGCGGAGCAAGCCUGCCACGCAAGCCAUUCGAAUUUCCAUAUCUCCUCCACAUAGUGUUUGAUGCUCCGUGUUCAAUGCUCGUAGUUCAGAAUUGGACAAAACAAAUUUAUGGGCAGGAC